CUUCCUCCUUUUCGAUAUAUACAGCUGGGGCCGGCAAGGCCGACCUUGUUGGCUUCGCUGUUUCAUGCUCUGGGCGAGUGGAGGGAAAGCGACAAUUAUCAGAUCUAUUGGCUCAAUCAGGAACAUGGCGUUUGGAGGAAGGACCAAGGUCCAACUGAACUUUCCCACGAUCCAAACGCCCAAACUCACGCAAGAUGUCCUCCCGCAAUCUCGCAAUAUCGCAAUCUCUUAGCCUAAUCAAUUGCGAAUCGAUGCUCUGUUCCCUAUCGGCCCGGGGAAUCAACCACAGCAGACAUGUCGAUCCGCGCCAGUCCCCCGUGUUGCACCCACAAAUUCCAAUGAGACACCACGAUCCCGACUCGAAACUUUCGAAGAGCCUCAGUUGUUUAAAGAGGUGAUCGACCGCUGGAUCAUUUCUCGAAGAGCCACUUCGCACCGCCCCAACAAUGUCAAUCUCGCUAAAUAAGUACCUGCACUAGGUCCACCAUAUCUCGUAUUCCACGAGAUAUGCCCCAAUCAGACGGCGCGGAUCCUCAUCUCGCGAGAUGCGCCCCUUCUUGAAUCCUCUUCUUCGAGGACACUGAAGUGUCGAUGCGAGAGCAAUUGCUUGGGUUUGAAUUGAAUUCAACAGUCAAGGCGGCGCAGAGUGUCCUCACGGCCCUGGUCAAGGCAGUUCACAAGGAUCCGACAAGCCGCGAACAAUGAGACGGCCAAGUCUCUUAGGGCUCGUAUCCUUCUCGUCGAUAGUGGAACGAAGACGGAUCGCGUCCAGUCACACGAUGAGACCAAGGCGAUCAGAGCGUUGGCUGGAAAGAUGGGUGGGCGGAUCCGCUGGUGAAAUGUGACUGACCCUGAAUACGAGCUUCAUAAGAGGCGAGGCGUCGCCCAACCCGGUUGUCUGUUCCCUCCCUUUCGCUCUUUUUCGUGUCCGCCAUCGCCCAAAGCUGCGCCAUGCGAGUCGUCUUGAUCCUAUCUGUCGCCUCCUCGGUCUCUGCGUGGAGCUUUACAUGGACAAACUCAGAUGGAAAGUCUUACGUCGAAAACGAUAACAGCCCAGUGAGUUGUCAGACGAUAAAUCACGCCGAAGGCGAGACCUUUCGAUGGGCGCCUGGAAACGACGGGUACUCCCUUUGGCUAUGGGAAAACGAUAACUGUUCUGGAUCCAAGGCAGGAUACUCGCCACCCUCGCCAUGGACGAAGGCUGCCAGUAGGGACCUGCGCUCCUUUCGUGUUGCCGAUGAGGAUGCGGAGGAUGAGCAUGAGACUUCGACGACCACUGCGACUACAACCACGACGACGAUUAGACCUAGUACUACAACUUCAAAACCGUCUACCGUCACGGUAACACAGUCGGCGGAGACUACUGAAUCAACGGAAGAGGCAGAGCCAACAACAACAGAGCCAACCAGAUCUUCAGAGUCCUCGGACUCGAGUACGGAGUCAACCCAGUCAAUGGAGCCCGCGACGUCGGACGAGGCAACAGAGACCUCCACUGCGUCAGCAGCAACAUCAACAUCAAGUACAGACUCAACACCUGCACCCGCCUCCUCCACCGACGAACCUCCAAGUAGCGAAGCAUCCGAUUCAGAUCCAUCCUCAACCCCCGUCGCCGCAAUUGCAGGCGGAGUCAUCGGCGGUGCCGCCGCAAUCGCCGCUAUAGGCGCCCUCUUCUUUUUCCUAGGCCGUCGGCGCCGCGCAGCCCGCGACGACCCCCAACCUCCAGGCUACGGGGGCGCAUUCGGACCCGGCGAUAAAUCCGACACUACAACCACAAAAACUCCAUUAUCCGUGCCGCCAACGCCGAUGUAUGGCGCUGCAGCUUACAACCCUGCGUGGACUGAGGGCAAGACCGAACUUGACUCUGCGCCCGUGUACCAGGUCAUGGAGCCUGAGCCGCCGCGGGCGCCGGUUAAGCAGGCGUAUUCGCCCCUUGAUGGCGCUGCCACGGUACCUCAUCACCCGCCUGCGACGGUGGUCGCGGAACUUCCUGGGGAUAUGGUGAUGGUUGAGAUGAGUGAUGCGCAUCGGUUGAAUGAGUUGGAUGGGAGUGGGAGGUUGAGCAAGUGGUAAUGGUGGUUUAUUUUUGUGCAUUUCAUGAUGUCUUCUCGUUUUGCUUCUUGCAUAUAAUUUCGUGCGAGACGGGCUAGUACGUCCCGUUUGAACAUUAGCUACACAUACUGUACCUAUACCCUAGAAUUUUCAUUUUUCUGUCGCGGACCACCGCAAAAAGGUCCUUCAUACGUUCUUGGUAUGUCUGAUUUUGGGCAGGCAUUGCACAUUGUCUAUUCUCCGAGGAGUUACCUAAUCUUCCAGCUUGAUCUCAGGAGGACAACGGUCGUUGCCAAGGAUGUUAAAUACGUGGCUACAAAACUGAAAUCCAAUCGCUCAAGUCUCAACCACAGCCAACGAUAAGAGAAGAGAUUCCCACGCCUGAGGGAGGACCGGGCCCCGUUAGUCCAGGCCUUCCAGGCCUCUAGGCCUCCCGAGGUCGAAUAAUCGCCUUACCCUAAAGGGAAGGGCCCGGUCUCGCCGCGUCUCGGGGUGGCUUAUCGCUCAGCCCGUCUGUUGUACUUUGUAUCGAC